GGUCCACACAAUAGCACCCAGAAGAGUGAGUGCAAUGCCCGUAUGGAGCCGACUCUCUUGGAAGCGAUCUUCGCCAAUGUCCAACAGGCGCCAGCAGCCCCGGCUUUGGUGUACGCGCCGUUGUCUUCAAAGCCGCAGGUGCUGAGCUACAGUGCGGUCUGGGCGGCGGCGUGCGGUGCGGCCGCACGACUUGCGCAGCUGGCGGGAGAGGCAGAUGGACGGCACGUGGGGAUGAUGCUGGCAGGGGGCCCUACGCUGCCGCAGCUGGAGCUGGCGGUGCUGCUGGCGGGGUUGGCGCUAGUGCCGCUGAGCCCCUCAGAGCCUCUGCCGCGGCUCCGGCUGCAGCUGGAGGACUGCGGGCCCUUGCUGGCCACCAUCGUGGAUGGCUUGGAGGGCUUGGAGGCCGGAGGCCGCAUCCUGGUGGCUGCAGAGCUGCUGGCUGAGGCUGCCAGUCCUCCACUCACCUGGCCUUCCCGCGACGCUGUGUCUCACAUCUUCUUCACCUCAGGGAGCACGGGGCGGCCCAAGGGCUGCUGCUGCAGCUUUGGGAACCUGGAGGCAUACUGCCGCGCCAAGAAUCGCGCCCACCAGGUGGACCGCCAAAGCGUUGUCUUCGUUGGCAGCGCGCAUACCUUCGACCCGUCGCUCGGGGACUUCUUCAGCACGUGGCUGGCGGGCGCAUGCCUGGCGCAGGCGGAGGGACCCUUGGGGCCAGGCCUGCUGCGCACCAGGGCCAGCCACGUGCAGGCGACGCCUGCGCACUUCGCCACUGUUGAGGCGGAUCGCGUCUACGAGCUGCAGACUGUGGCUUUGGGAGGCGAGCUGAUGCCUCAGCCGGUCUUGGACACCUGGGCUGGCCGAGUGCGCCUGUUGAAUACCUACGGGGUUACGGAGUGCACCGUGUACCAGGCCUUUGCAGCACUGGCGCCGGGCGCCAGCCGCCGGCGCCUGGGUGAGCCGCUGGAAACGGCGGAGCUGCGCCUGGCGAAGGGCAAAGGCGAUGAUCCCGACCAAUGCGUGGAGGAGGGCAGUGAGGAGAUCGGGGAACUUUGGAUCUUUGGGGCGCAGGUUGGACUUGGCUACCUCAGGCGCCCAGAGCUCACCGCGGAGCGCUUCCGGCACGAUGCGGACGGCCGCCGAGGGUUUCGCAGUGGCGACCUGGCAGUUUCCAAGGCCUCAGGGGAGUGGCACUUGUUGGGCCGCCGCGACGGCAUGGUGAAGCUGCGCGGGCGCCGCGUGGAGCUGGGCGAGGUGGAGGAGGUGGCCCAAAGUGUCGCGCCAGAGCUCCUGGCUUCAGCGUGCUGCGUGCUGGUGGAGGGGUUGCUGGUGCUCUAUUGCGUGCUGCAAGGCGGCUCACGCGGCGAGUUGGCCGCCUGCGCGCUGGUGAAGACGCUGCUGGCGGAGCGGCUGCCGACGCACAUGGUCCCCGCGCGGGUGGUGCCGGUGGAGGAGCUUCCGCUCACCAGCAGUGGCAAGGUUUCCCGGCGCGCGCUGGCGCAGUGGGCCCUUCCCCCGCUGGCCCUGGGAGCCUCGGCGCCGAGGACCGGCGCGGCGGAGCAGGUGGCGGCGGCUUGGCGGGAGGUGCUGGGUGUGUCGGUGACCCUCCGCAGCGAUUUCCUGGCGCUGGGCGGAGACUCCAUGGCUGCACUGCGGGUCUGCCAGCGCCUGGCAAUGAGGUGCGAACUCGACGGCGGUACCUUUGGCGAAGCCCUGCCCGAACCGCUGCUGCCGGGCCAUUUGCUGAGCAAGCCUCGUUUGGCGGACUACCUGCAGCACUUGCAGAGGUCGGUUUUGGGGAGCCAUUUUGCAGCACCCGAAGAAGCGGCGGAGGAGGAGGAGGAGGAGGAUGAGGUCCGGGGAGACGAGCUGAUGUCCCGCGGCGAAGUGCUGCACUACGCCGCCGGGGUCGGCGCAACGGAGGUGCUGCGAAUCCUGCUGCGGCCUGGGCUGCUUCCGGAGCGGAAUGCGCGGAGCCCCCUGCACGCGGCCUGUUUGCAGGGCCACCUGGAGGCGGCGCAGCUCCUGCUGCAGGCGCGGGCCUGCGCCGGGUGCCAGGACUCCAAGGGGGUUCAGCCACUGCACCUGGCGGCCUUCGGUGGGGCCGGUCACGCCCUGGAGCUGCUUCGUCUGCUGCUGGCGCACCGCGCGGCGGGCGCCUCCGCUGACGCGGAGAAGCAGACGGCGCUGCAUUGGGCGGCCAGGGGUGGGGCCAAGACGGCACUGCUGGAGGAGUUGCUGAAGGAAGGGCCGAGAAAGGGCCGCGCCAAAGGAUUCGGCGUGGACGCCCAGGACGCCUUCGGAAGAUCUCCGCUGCACUGGGCAGUGGUGAACGGCCACAGGUCGGCGGUAGUGGCGCUACUGGCCGCAGGCGCGGACCGCACUCUGCGGGACGGCGCCGGGGAGACGCCCCUGGCGGUGGCGGAGCGCAGGGCGCAGUGCCGGGCACAGGACCGGCCGCAAGACAUGGGCGCCUCCGUCUUCGGCGAUAUCGCCACGCUGCUGGGCGGAUCUGCCAGCACAGCCAGGUCGUGAUCGCA